AUGGAAAAAUUACUCCAAUGGAAAGGUCGAAGUUGGUAUGGAAUGUCAGAAAUUCUUCCGUAUUUAUAUUUGGGUGGUUUACGUGAUGCGAAUGAUGUAGAGCAACUGAAAGAGAAACAAAUCAGUUAUAUGGUAUCGAUACAUGAGUUGAGCGGGCGUACUAACAGCACUUUAAAGGAUCUAAAUAUUUUGCGCAUACAUAUGGCGGAUAUACCUGAAGCAAAUAUUAGCGAACAUUUCGCAGAAACCGCUGAAUUUAUCCAUCAUGCUCGUUUAUCGAAAAAGUCAGUACUUGUACAUUGCAUUGCCGGAGUUAGCCGUAGUGUAUGCAUUGUAGCAUCGUAUCUUAUUGCUGCUUGCGAUAUGAGUUAUGCUUCUGCUUUGGCAUACAUCGUCAGUAAACGACCCUGUGCUAAUCCAAAUUUCGGAUUUCGCAUGCAGCUUGCAAAAUAUGCAGGAAAAGGGAGUCUGUUAGGAAUAACGAUGAGAAACCAGUUUGAUAUUGAAGCAUUUGAUGAAUUGAAAGCAAAUGAUAAAAAGAUGCUGUUAUUGGGCUAUUCUGCAGCUUCACUAUCGGGUACUCCAGAUGAAUCAGUUGUAUGCAAAGAUACUAAAUCUCCUUCGUCUACCUUUAUAAAAAAAGAGCUCAUCGAAUAUGUGGAGUGUCAGAAUAAUCCAGCGGGUAGGUCGAUCUUUAACGACUCCAAUAUCAGCUUCAUUGAUCAGUAA